GUCCAGAAGUUCUCACUCAAGCUCAUAGCCAUUUUUUGAAAUUGGCCCUUACUUCACGCGCCUUGCUUGCGUUUUACAUGCAAGCUUCAACAUACCCAUACCUUAUACAGUACGCUACUCGAUCUGCUAGCUGUCAGAACGAGUUCGAAGGCAAGACAUUGGGCCUCUUUCCAGUGCAGACUUUAGCCAUUUAGUGGCGCAGACUUUAGUGGGCUUCUUUCUCUGCGAUGCUAAAUGCUUGCUAACUUUGUUGUUUUAGGCUAAUAUCGACGAAGGCCUGUCAGUUGGCUUGCUGGGUGUUUGCCGCGUGUCACCCCUUGGGAAAGGCAGUCCCCGACCAGGUCGCAAAAUCCGACCUCGGCUUUACUCCGUCCCGAUUUGUUUCCUGGUAUAUUUAGUGUUGUUAUUGCAAUCCCACAAGGCAGCGGUACUGCGGCGGAGCAUUCUAAAGGGAGCGCCACUAAAUCGACUGGAAAGAGGCCCAUUGUUGACUUGCGCAUUCAACCGCGCGGCCUAAGCCGCCGCAAAGACUACUGACAUACUCUUAGAGCAUGUCCACGAGAAUGGGGACCAGCACGUCCAAGCCACGAACCACGCGGACGACGCUUCCAAAACCCGCGCCCCUGGGCGAGGUGCCGUCCCUGCCAGAGGCGGAGAUAGUGGUGCGGCAGGACAUCCGCACCAUGUCGCAGGCAAUGCAGGUCCGGGUGUGCGAGGCCAUAGAGAAGAUGAUGGAGCGGGGCUGGUCCGCGACCGCCCAGAGCCGCAUCUGGGCCGAGGGGCCCUGGAGUGUGGAGGCGGGAGACUGGGCGCCCAGCGAGUACUUCCGGCUGGCACGCUACCACGGCUGGGACCGCAACUACUGCGCCCACGGCAAUGAGACGUUCCCGGGCUGGCACCGCGCCUACCUGCUGGACUUUGAGCGCACCAUGCAGGCUGCGGACCGCGCUCUGGGCCGGGACGGGCGCAUUGGCCUGCCGUACUGGGGGUGGGACGCCACCGACCCCAGCCGCGACCCGGCCCGCGACCCAGCCGCCUUCCCCGCGCCCGUGAACGGCCAGGUGUUUCCGGCCAUUGUGCGGCAGCGCUUUUCGGCCCUGCCGCCGCAGCUGAUCCCGCCCGAAAUGAAGAGCGAGCUGACCAGCUACGGCCUGGCCUCGGACGAGCGCAUCGUGCAGCGGCUGCAGAGCAUGCGGGUCGGCGCACAGGCUGCCGCCGCGCUGGCGCAGUGGGAGCAUCCGCGCGCCGCCUCCACACACGCCGGCAACGCAAACAGCGUGGAGACGCCCCACAACAGUGUGCACGUGGUGUGUGGCUGGCCCAUGACCUCCGUCACCUACGCCGCCUUCCACCCCAUCUUCUUCAUGCACCGUGAGAGAGGGAGAGAGUGUAACGAGUUCGCGCUCUCCUCCAAGCCCCUGUACGACGCCCCUCUGGCGCCCUUCACCCACCCCGCCACUGGGGGACCCUUCCUGCCGCGACACACCUUCAAGACGCGGCCGCUGGGCUAUGAGUACGACAAACUGCCUGCAGUGCCCGGGGGUUCGGGGGGCCAGGGGGGCCAGCAGCUGCGAGAGGCGCCCACGCUGGCACGGUUCGUGGAUGUGGAUCCCGUCAGGUUCCCGGGUCGCUCCGUUGCGCUGCACGUGUUCGUGGUGCCGUCGGAGGAGGCAGGGGCGGAGGCAGCAGGGGCGGCGUUCACUCCGCCCUCGGACCCAGACGACUUCCCGGGAGUGCCGCAGUACGGCGGCCUGACGGGCGUGUUCGGCGGCCGCGGCGGCGAGGUGCGGCAGCUGCAGACGUACCUGCAGAAGUACGGCUGGUACUCGGCGGAGGUGGACGGCGUGUUUGGCCCGGUGACGGAGGCGGCGGUGCGGCGCUUCCAGGAGUUCUACGGACUCAAGGUGGACGGCAUUGCAGGCCCCGUGACUCGCUCGCUCAUGAUGGCGCCGCGUAUGGACGAGAAGGAGGACGAGGUGGACACGGACGACUCGCCCGCCUACACGCCCGGCUGUGUGGUGACGUGGUGGGCGGGCGGCUGCCCCGGCUACCUGGACACGGAGGCGGCGCGGGACGAGCUGGCGGCGGCCUUCCGCGAGUGGGGCGGCGCCGUGCCGCUCAGCUUCGUGGAGGUGGACUCGGCCGCCGACGCCGCGCUGGUGAUCACGUGGGGCGACCGCGGCCGAACCAACCUGUUCCGGUUCGACGGCCCCGGCGGCGCCCUGGCGCUGGCGGAGCGCGGCAGCAUCACGCUGGACAGCGGGGAGAGGUGGCUGCUGCAGCCCGCGCCCGAGGUGGAGGGGGCGUUCUACUUGCUGCCCGUGGUGCUGCACGAGAUCGGCCACGCGCUGGGCCUGACUCACUCGCCCGACCCCUCCCACGUCAUGUCCUCCUUCUACGCCCCCCGCCGCACGCGCCUCACGGACGGCGACCGGCAGCGCGCCGCCGGGCUGUACCCGCUGCAGGGCGCCGCGGCGGAGCUGUUCAGGGCCCUGGACGCCGACCGCGACGGGCGCCUCAGCCGCGCCGAGUUCGUGUCGGCGCUCACGGGGGCGGGCGCGGCGCCUCUGUCGCGCCAGGAGGCGGAGGCGCUGUUCGACCAGACCGCGGCGGCGGCGGCGGCAGGAGCGGGUGGCGGCGGCGGCAGCAGUGGCGGCUAUCUGAGCCUGCCGCAGUUUGUGGGCCUAAUGGCGCGGCUGUACUUUGAGUGAUGAGGGGGAUGUGUGGGGGUGUGGGUGUGUUUCGGAGGGCGCUUAAGUUCAUUUCAAUCCCGAAGGGAUCAAGACCCAUAACCAGAUCACAGAGCGGACGAGGUUUGGCCUAAACCGUAUUUUGAACGCCCUUGGGAGGAGGGGGGAGGAGGCCUUGUUAUGCUGCCAAAGGUUUAUGGACGAUUUCGACAUGGAAACCGACCCUGGGUCGUGCGUCAGUAGUUUUGCUACGAUUUCUGCACAGCGCGUCUUGUGGCGCGGGCACAACUUCAUGGGAUACACCGUGUCACAUAGGCCACGUUGGCCGCCAUGCGACACCGCUAGCGACGAACUGCAAGCGCUCGGCAAGCGCUGCAUGGGCGCCGUCGACCUCCGCAAAUAACUGGCUGCAUUUCGCGGCGUGGGCAGCACUGCAUCGGAUAGACCGUAUCACAUAGGCCAAGUUUUCGAUUCCGCGUCCGAGACAGCAUGCAAGCGCUCGGCAAGCGCUGCAUGGGCGCCGUCGACCUCCGCAAUUAUCAUAAGGGCUACAAAGUCCGCUUCGUAGUUUGCGUAACUGACUAAUGUUUUUGUUAUUCGAACUGCGUGGAUUCAGCAAACCAUAUUAGGACCGGUUAAUUAAAACAGUCCC